AUGGAUGCUGCCAAAGCUUCAACAAAAGCAGCCGUACGAUUAGCGCAUGCUACUUUGGCAGUAAACAUUUCGUUAAUGCUGGCAAAGGCACUGGCAUCAUAUUUAUCCGGAUCAUUGUCAAUUCUAUCAUCACUGGUUGAUUCAUGUGUUGACAUCACUUCAGGGCUUGUUAUCUCAAUCUCAACUAGAAUGAUAAAAAAGAGAGACCCAUAUCUGUAUCCACGAGGUCGAACGAGACUGGAACCAUUGUCUCUAAUUGUUAUAAGUGUGGUUAUGGGCGUUGCUAGUGUACAACUAAUUUUUGGAGCAAUACAGCGGAUUGCUGCUGCGUAUCAGUUUCAUUAUCACGGAAUUGGUGAAGAACCAAGACUGGACGUAUCUGUUACCACAGUAUGUAUCAUGGUAGCUACUGUUUUAGUAAAGUUUACAUUAUUCGUAAUAUGUCAGAAAUACAAACAUGACCCUUCAAUAGUGGUGUUAGCCAUGGAUCAUCGUAAUGAUUGCUUGUCGAACUCGGUGGCACUUGCAUGUGCAUGGCUAGGAACAAUGUAA